AUGGUACCAUCGGUUGGUUACUUCAGCAGUAUUGAGGAGGACGACGGUGAAGAUACUGGAGCAGACAGUGAUGAUGAAGAUGGAGAUGAGGAGAUGGAGCUCCCCAAUGCUACAGGCAAGAUUGGACAAGAUGUAGAGUUGAUCUUGAAUGAUUUAGAAGCUCAAGAUAUUGACUUUGAUAUUGAGGACAUCGUCACAGAUAUGCACAGUUUAGUCAUUGGUGAUGGAGCUGCUGGGGAAGACUCAGAGAGAGAGGACUUCACAGAACAGCUUGCUGAUGUUUCAUUAGGCGAAGACUCAGACGGCCAAUCUCGACCAGUCCUAUCUGCCCAGCCAUCGGCAGAGACCUCUAUGACUGAGAUCCUUCCUUCUGGUCAGAAAGAGACAUUUCAUGUCACAUCCACACAGCCAGUGGUAGCGAGUGCUACAGCUGAGAUCCUUCCUUCUGGUCAGAAAGAGAAACCAAUUCAUGUCCCAUCUACCCGGUCUACCAGGUCAUCAACGGCAGUGGCUAAGGCUGAGAUUCACCCUCCCAAGGCUAAACUACAUACUCUGCCCCCCCACAACAACCUAAACACAUUAAGAAACACAUACCCUCCAUCUGAGUCCCUCCACCUUCCAACUGGAGCAAUCCAGAUGAUGAAGUGCAGAGGCUCCUCCAAUUUGGUAUUGACAUUUCCCGGAUACCAGGAAGGACAGCAAAUCACUGAGUCUUCCCCCCUGAGGGCCAAUCAGCAUGGGCCUAUAAAACAUAUUAGGGACACAGUGGACAGUAAAAAUACAAACUAUGUGAAUAUGCCUGGCUCUAUGACGGUACCACCACUCACUUCGGGCACCAUUGGCCAACCUAUGGCAAUGCCACACUCCCUAUUGCCCACGUUGCAGAUCAAUGUAGAGGAGGAUGGCAAGGCCAGCCAGAACCUUCAGAAGAUGAGCGGGAAAUCUAUCUUAGCAACGCAACUUCAACGAUUUAUACCGAUGGGCGUGCAUACCUCAAAAUCGUUCAAAAAGGCAGUGUUGCCGUUUUUCGAGCACAUUGCACUUCCUGCUAAAGGAGAAAAACACCUAAAAAAGCUCCAGAAGGCGGUUGUUUAUCAUAUUGAGAUACUGUGUGAUGAAGUUGCAUCAGCAAAUUUAGUCAACUAG